AGAGCUCACCUUCUCGCCUCGUCGGGGAUCUUUAUCAGCUUCGCCGCCGUGCUCACUAAGUGUCGAUUUCAAAUCGUUCGAAAAUGGAAGCCCUUAUAGCAACAUAUGGAGGUGACGCCUCAUCGGACUCCGAUUCCGAUGACUCCUCUCCGCCGAUUCUUCCGUUCAAAUCGGAACCCCAAACGGAGGAGCCACACUCAUCCCCUCUCCCUCCGCCUCCUGUUUCUCUCCUCCACCCUCCCAAUUCCCUUGGGUCUUUGGAUUUCUUGCAAACUGGUCAGCCCAGCCGAGUCAGAAGCUUCCCUCACGUUGAAGGCAACUAUGCUUUGCACGUCUACAUUCCAGUUUUUAUACCUUCUGUUUCAAAGAAAGAGAUGGGUCAGUUUUUGAAGAAAGUUUCGUCCUUUGUUCCCGGUCUUCAUGUUGUGGAUAUUGAUGUUCCAUUGAAUGUACUGUGUAAAGAAGAACAUAAGCUCGAACAAGUUGCCUUAGGAAGGGAAUUCCACAUAAGUUUAGGAAGGACAGUUCCUAUUAGAGUUCACCAGAUUGACUCUAUCGUAACAAUGCUUCGCCAGAAGCUUCAGUUUCAAAAGCGGUAUUGGAUCGAUUUUAACAAAUGGGAGGUUUUCGUCAAUGAUGAUAAAUCACGCACCUUUGUUUCACUUGAAGUGGUUAGCGGAGGAUUAGCAGAGAUAACAAAGCAAAUUCAGGCCGUUAAUGAGGUUUACAAGCUUCACAGUCUUCCAGAGUUCUAUAAGGAUCCGAGGCCUCAUAUAUCCUUGGCUUGGGCACUAGGAGACAUUAGCGGUUCCCUUAAAAAAGUGAUCAACGACGAAACAAAGUCAUCCGGCUUUAGAGGAUCCUUACAGAGUCGUAUUUGCACAAGUAAAUUUGGUGGCAUUGAGUGCAAAAUUGGUAAUAAAACAUAUAUAAUAUGUAAACCUCCCGAUCAAUGAUGAAAUCUCUUCAACCUCUUGUGAUAUAUCCAUUGUUGUUUAUUCUUACUUCA